AUUUUAACCUUAUAAAAGGAAUAAACAACGAUAUGUAAAUCACACACAGCAUUUAUCUCAUAGAAACAGUACUGAUAAGAAUUUUUUUUAGAGUACCUAUGUCUUCCUAUACCAUUUACAUUUUAAUUAUUUUAUCGUUGGUUUUAACCGGUAAUAAUGCUUCAUAUACAAAAGAUAAUUUUUAUAAAAAUAUGCAUAAAAUAUUGGCCGAUCACGGAUUAACGGAGGAUGAUGACGUGAUCGGUAAUCGAGCAGAACAGCCUAUUUUGAUACCUCCUCCGCGACCAAAAGAAGUUGAAAAUUGGCCUCAGGCUAAACUUCCACAUUUAGGAGAGAUAUCAGGAGUUACGAUAAAUCGCGUUGGACAACCUGUUAUUUUUCACAGAGGGUCUAGAAAUUUUAACGAAUGGUCUUUCAACGAAACUAAUGAUUUUCAAUUUAUUAACGAGGGGCCAAUUGAUAUCGAUACCAUUUUAACGCUUGAUCCUAAAAGUGGAAAAGUUUUAAGUGGUUGGGGUAGAGGAUUUUUCUACCUUCCUCAUGGUAUUACCAUCGAUCACGAAGGUAACACGUGGCUAACUGAUAUAGCUAUGCAUCAGGUGUUUAAGUUUUCACCAGGCUCGUCUAGACCAUCCAUGACAUUUGGACAAAAAUUUAAACACGGUUCAGGGGUAAGCAAAUUAUGCAUGCCGACAUCUGUGGCUGUGGCUCACACUGGAGAUAUUUUUAUCGCCGAUGGGUACUGCAAUUCUAGGGUAUUAAAAUUCAAUUAUCGAGGUGAUCUGGUCAGGUUGUUCCCACAACAAUGGGAAUUUUUAAGCCUGCAAGUGCCUCACAGUCUAACUCUAAUGGAGCAGUUCGAUUUACUGUGUAUUGCCGAUAGAGAGAACAUGAGAGUGAUUUGCGUUAAAGCUGAGCUUGGUAAUUAUAAUAACGAUGUACAACAAACUAGUUUGAAUAUUCAACAACCUGAUCUAGGAAGAGUGUUUGCUAUCACAGCACAUGAGGAUUAUAUCUACGCAAUUAAUGGCCCAACUUCACCAAUGAUUGCAAUUCAAGGUUUUACUCUAAAUCCCUUAGCAGAAUCAAUAGUAGAUCAUUGGGAUUCAUUUGCACAAAAAAUGUUAAUGCCACAUGAUAUCGCCAUAACUGAAGAUGGUCGUGAACUUUAUAUCGUAUCAGUUACCCCUAGUCGUAUACUUAAAUUCACAAUGGACUGGCCACAACGUAAAAUAUUCUAACACCUAAAUAUCGACCACACAUAUUAUCUCAGUAGUUCUCUGAAGGCCCAUUUCAUCUCGAGUAUUGUUGUAACCAUUUUAUUCAUUUAUUAGCUACCAAUACCAUUUUUUAUCGUGUAAUUAUAUCAUUUAUUUGCAA